AUGGCUCAAACUCUAUAUUUCCCUCUUCUCCUCAUUGCUCUCUGCUCCAUAUCUGAAUGUGUUCAGCGUCAGUAUCACUUUAUAAAUGAGAAGAAGAACUGGGCUGAUGCUCAGAGAUACUGCAGAGAGAAAUACACAGAUCUGGCCACUGUUCACAACAUGAACGACAUGAUCGAGCUGAACAAGAGUGUGAAUGAUGGAGUUGUCUGGAUUGGUCUUCAGGGUACAAAUGAUAGUAAAUGGCAUUGGUCUUCAGGUGAUCCUGCGCUCUUUCUGAACUGGGCAUCUGGACAACCAAACAGCAGUGAUAAUUGUGCUGUUAUGAGAAAUGGACAGUGGUUUGUUGGGGCAUGUACUGCCACUUCGACUUUCAUCUGCUACAACAUGAGCACAGGACUGGUGUUUGUCAAUCAGAACAUGACCUGGAGAGCUGCCCAGAGUUACUGCAGACAGAAUCACAUUGAUCUGGUCAGUGUGAGGAACCAGAAUGAGAGUCAACAGCUGGAGAAGUUCAUUAAUGACAGUCAGACAUUUGGAUCUGAAGUCUGGAUCGGUCUGUUCAGAGACACAUGGCAGUGGUCAGACAAGAGCAACUCCUCAUUCAGAUACUGGAAACCUGAUCAACCUACUACUCAGUCUUUUGUACACCGUGCAGCAGUUGAACAUUUCAGUCAGGGACAAUGGAGUGAAUACAUGCAUAAUAAUUCCAACAACCAGUAUCCUUUUGUGUGUCAUGAAGAUAAACUGAUUGUGAUCCAGCAGAAUCUGUCGUGGUCUGAAGCUCUGAGAUACUGCAGACAGAAUCAUGUGGAUCUGGUCUCGGUUCAGUCAGUGGAGAUGCAGCAUCGUGUGAUGAACGUGGUUAAACUGGCGUCUACUGAGGCGGUGUGGUUGGGUUUACGUCACUCCUGCGCUUUGGGCAUCUGGUUCUGGGUGAGUGGACAGACCGUGUGCUAUCAGAACUGGGCUCCAGGGAACGGCACAUCAGAGGAGGACUGUGAGCCCACAGUGAGAUCUGGAGCAGUUCAGACUGGAGAUCAGACCUGGAUCAGCCGUCCUGAAACUGACAGACUCAACUUCAUCUGCAGAAACUACUGAGAGUGAAGAA